ACUCUUGCAGGACACAGCGACCGCAUCAAUUCCGUGGCAUUUUCGUAUGAUUCGAAGUUCCUAGGGUCUGCAUCGUGUGAGAAAACUGUUAAAGUAUGGAAAGCAUCUAGUGGCAAAUGCUGGCACACAUUGAAAGGUCACCGAAACUGCGUUAACGAUGUGCUUUUU